AUGCAAGUUACAUAUGUUAUUGAUAUUUCAUUCGCGUACAUUUUACUUUUGUGUGUGUUAGUAACAAUAUUAUAUUGUAAUAAGGAAUUUGCCUGCUCAUUUUCACAUCGUAUCUCAGUUUUUUCGUGCACGGAGGUCAAGGAUUUGAACGAUCAAUGUUUAUGUAAUAUGUAAGUUGAAAUAUUGUUUUGUACUAAUAUUUUGUUUUGAGACAUCGGUGCAUUCAAUAAAAUCAGUCCCGCACACACUAUUCGUUUAGCAAUUUAAUUGCUACUUUAUUUUACGUUUUAUUUACCUACACCGUUUAUACUAAAAGUAUACACUUUUUUUAAAAAGUUAACAAAGCUACUUACACAUGAUUUCAGUAAAAAUGCAUACAGUGUAGUUAAAGACAGCCACACAUCUUCUAUUACUGUCAAAUAAUGUACUAUCUACAACUGCUCAAAUAUUUCCCAUUACCAUUCAUGUACAGUUUUCAAAUUAUACUUCAUCAGAUUACAAUAUACAAGCAAAACUAUAUACAGUUGAAUCUUGAUUAUUUGAACCUCCAUAUACGAACUCUCUAUUAUCUGAACUACAAUUAGUGUUUCGUUGAAGUACUCGUACAUCCGCGGCACAGAUUUUAUAAUUGUUAUUAAUAAAUUACCAAAAUUUUAGUAUAUAUAUUUACAUAUAUUAUAUAUAUAAAUCAUACAUAAUUUAUGUAUGUACAUGUAUGUAUGUAAUCGUUAGUAGAUAAUCGAGACGCAAUCUAAGGCUUUUAAACAACAAUACACGUUGUUUGUAAUAUCAUAAACUAUGUACAUGAUAUGUACUUUGUGAUGUUUUAAAUGUAUGUUUUUAAAAAAAAAAAUUGUUAUUUUAAACAAUUUCCAGUAUUCGAACUAGGCGCGGUCCCAAUUAGGAUAAUCGAAGUUCUACUGUACUUUAGUAAUAUGAUCUUAGUAUUAUACAACAGUUUUUGAUUUGAUAAUUUAAUAAUUAAAACUUAAUGCUGGGUAGGUAUAUAUUAGAAUAUGGUAAUGAACCAAAUUAUUAGAUUAGAUAAGUUAAGUAAUUCAAAAUUCAAUUUUACUUCAGUUUUCAUUUAAUUAUAAAUAUGUCACUAAUCUAAAUGUGAUAUAAUUCUAGUUUAGUAGCCACGCAUUUUCCAACUUAUUUUUAUCAACAAAUGUAAUUUUUAUUGUGAUAAUUAUUGUGCAAUUAUAAUUAGGCAAUCAAACUUAGUUUUUGAAUUAAUACUGAAUUUAGUAUACACUGGAAUCUAUCAUGUAUACUAAAGUAAAGUAUCCCUAACAUUGUAAAUAUUAUAUGUGUUAUGUUAAAUAACACAAUAUUGCACUUUUCGAAUAUUGGUUGUUGUAGCCUAGUGGUGAUACAUACCUAUUGUCACCCAUUGUCAUUUCAGAGGUCCCUAGUUCUCAUUUCUUGAAGGCUUACUUUUUAAUGCAUUCUAUGUUUUUUUAAGUUUUAAAUGUUUUGAUUGGUAUCUCAUACAAUAAUAAUUAUUAAAAAUAAUUUUCCUUGUAAAAUUUAUUUUUUUAUUCAAAGGCCUACUUGAGGUGAUGUUGCCUAGCAUAUUGAUUAAUAUUUUUGUUUUAAUACUGAGCACUGAUGUCAAUAUGUUGUCGACAAAAUAUAUUCAAUCUCUGCAGUGGGCGUCGACACCUUGUCAUUAUUUUCUUAACUCUCCCAAUAGUAUCAGACUUUUAACAAGUCAUUUGUUCUUCUGCCUUAAGUAAAACCUCUUAUAUUGUUAAAUUAGUCAUCAUUUGGAAUUCUGGCUAUUUUUAUAAUAUCGAUACUUAGAAUCUUUUGGAUCAACAAAACGGGGGGGGGUCGCCCAAUUCAACUCAUGUUACAGUUCGUGUUAAACUAUCUGAGCAACUAUAAAGACCAAGUGACCUGGCCGGGUUUCUAGGUGCAACCAAAAUGCAUUUGUUUUCUAAUUGUGGGAUAUUUUAAUUUUAUGGAAUAAUUGUAUGUGUAAAAAUCGGAUUUCCAUGCAAUUGUAUUUUUUUAUGGCAAGUUAUAAAUCUUAUAGAAACAUCAAGACGUUUUUUUUAAAACAAUGUACUAAUUAGUACUUUUGUAUGCCAUAAUUUAUAAUAAUAUCUAUUAUUAAUAGAUAGUAUUUUGUAAUUUAUGUUACUUUAUCAUUGCUUUAUUAUUAUUAUUGUUUAUAAACGCCAAACGGCAAUUUUACGUAGUGUAACAAUUAUGGUAACACACAUAAGUAAAAAAAAAAAAUAGAAACAAUUUAAGGGGCAUUAAUAAUUAAUAUAUAUAUAUUAUAGUUAGCUGGAUUUAUAAAAGUGAAAUAUGUUGCCUAAGGAUUAAUUGUUAUUUGCAACUCCUCUGAACAUUUGAUGCAGAGUAUGAUUGUGGCCAUAGGAGGUCUUGUAAAUUGGAACAUUAUGUUAUAUUAUGUUGUUAUAUGAAGUAUUGGACUUAUAUAUAUAUAUAUCAAUAUAACAUAAUACAAAUAAUGCCCAACAACAAGUUUGAUAUAGAAUGUGUGUUUUCACAUAUUAAGUGACAGGAGACAUAAUUUUACAGAAAAAAAACUUAGAUAUAUAUAUGUUAAUACAUUUUAAUCAAAUAUUAUAAAUACUUACGAAUAAUUAAUAAUAUUAUAAAAAAUAAACAGCAAUAGAAAUAAAAUUUGAAGUAACUUUCAUAAAACUAAUAAUGUAAUUAUUAAUUACCAAUACAAAUUUAUUUUUGCACAUUUCAGCAUUUUAAUUGCUCAUUUUUUAAGUGUUAGCUGUACAAAAAUCCAGUCUUCAAUUAUACGUAUAACCAGAUAUAUAUUAUAGAAAUACAAAGUGUCAAUUUUCAAACUGUAUUACUUGAAAACUGCCUUCUGCUAUUUUUAUUUUUUUUUUUUUAUUAUAAUUUUUAUUACGUUGAAAUUUCUGAGUUUGGAAAAAAAAUUGAAAAAUAUGUGUGAACGCUAAACUAGAUUUGUUUCAUAAAUGUAUACAUUUAAUGUAUUAGGCAUUCUAAUAAAUUCAGUUUAUAAUGAUAAAUAAAUUAUUAUUAGUAGUAAUCUGGUUCUUAUAAUGUCUAGGGAAGUGUUGGUUAGCAUUAAUUGUGAGUGAACUGAUAGAAUUUUUUGCGACAAAUUUAAAUGCUGGUUAUCUCUAACCAGGUAUUGUAAGAAUAGACCUUAGUAUACUUAGUAUAUGACAAUAUUUAUCAAAUUAAUGUUUGUUGUACUCUAUUAUUGGAUUUACCAACACCAUGCGAAUAAUCUAAUUGAUACAUAGAAAUUAAUGCAUCAUGUUUUAAUUAAAUUAUUAAAAAAUGAUUAAGGUUGAUAUAAAAAAAAAAAAAUAGCAACAGAGGCAUAUCAUGGGUUAUACAUAAUACUAUUAAUACUUAGUAAAAAAUACUGUAGCAAAAUUGUUUUAGUAACAUUAUAUUAUGGAGCAAACAAAAUAUUUUGAUUCAGGGCGUUUUAGUUUAUAGCCAUGCCACUGAAUUAUUAUUUUUUAUUUUUUUAAAUUAUCUUCCAUAAACUUUUUCACCUAUAUAUUUUUUUUUUUAGGUGA